GUUAAAUGAAUACAAAUUUGCUUGAAGGUUAAGUAAACAAAACCAAAUAAUGAAAUGAAGUUCUACAAGUUACUAUUUAUAGUAACUUUAAUAUUCAGAUAAUUUUUACUUCAUCCUUUAUCACAGACAAGGUUAUAAAAAUAACAAAAUAAGAAGUACAAAGUAUCUUAAUAUUAAAUUUACUCAUUGUAUACUAAUUACUGUUAGUACAAAAAAUAUAUAAAAAUCUCAAAUGAAGUAAUAUAAAUAAGAACAUAUUUCAGGAACAUAAAAUAACAAUUUACGAUUCACUGUUAGGUAAAAAUGUUAACAGGUUACUGUGGUUAUAUCGUAAUCACGUGAUUUUUGUUUACUCUACUUUGUUUGAAUAACCUCGUAACCUCUAUAAACCUCGACCGUGAUAUAAACAGAGAAUUUCGCGCGUCAAAUUAAAUCUUUGAUAGACAAAAUGACGGCUCCACAAACUCAUCAAACAGAAUUAAUAACACUGGCAGAAUUAGCAGGAAUUUCGGCAAUUCCAGGAGUUUAUCGUAUUAUACUGGAACUUUUAGCACUUAAAAUAUCACCAGAGGACAUAUACAUUCUUUUGAAACAAAUAUGUCCACAAUCAUCAGACAAACAACAAGGUAUUAACAAUGUUGAAGAAGCACCUGAUGUAUUAGCCACACAUUAAAAUGUAUCUUUCUAUAUUUGAUUGUUUAAAUUAAUUUGUAUCUUUCUUUUACAUAAUUACAUCAUUGUUAAAGAAAAUCAUUAAUUAUAAAUGAAUUAUAAAUAAAGUAUACAAAAUAUAAA